AGUUAUAACCCAGACACCUGGAGUGGUGAUGGUGAACGCUGGUGAUACAGUGACCUUGAAAUGCCAUUUGAGUGAGAUUAUCACCUACUGCUUCUCUGUGAGUUGGAUGAAAGUGGACCCCAGGACUGGAACACACAGCAUGAGUACAGACUUAAAGGUUGAUAACAUUUCAAAGGACCAGGAACAGGACAACCUAUGUUCUGUUACAUUCACCAAUGCAAAAGUGAGCGACUCUGGCAUGUACUACUGUUCGGCUGUUCACUCCAAAAUGGUGUACUCUGGCAAUGGUUCUAAGGUUAUUGUUUUGACAGAGAGAGAAAGGGUAGGGAACAGCACUAAAGCCCCAACCAUCCAAAUCGUCUCUUCGCCAGAGGGUGACAGCUCCUUCAUCCCUCUGCUGUGUUUGGUGUUGGAAGUGGUCCCGUCUCAGGUCCGUGUGUUCUGGCUCAUAGACGGGAGAGAAGAGAGUGGACUCACUGACUCCACCUGGACAGACAACAGUGAAUCAGCCACAGAGUUCACUAGGAACCAGAUUCUUGUCCAGGCAGAGGAGUGGAACAGACGAGCAGAGUUUACAUGUGUGGUGGAGUUUGAGGGGAAAAAUCUCACCAAAACACUGCUGCAACACAAUGGUAAUUGCAUGAGACCCAGAUUUACUAAGCUUUUGCACCUGUUCUUUCAGUAA